AUGGAGUCGUCGUCACCAUCGUCGUUAAUACCCGGCUUGACCGACGACGUAGCGGAGCUAUGCCUCUCGCGAAUCCCUUACUCUGCCUUCCUGAUCAUUUCUCAGGUCUGCCGGCGAUGGAGGACGUUCCUUAGGAGCGAGCAUUUCUCAGCCGUUCGAAAGUUGACCGGAUCGGUGGAGGAGUUCACGUGCGUUCUGAUGGAAAGCCAGUUCGUAAGAGACGGCCGGUUCGUGAAAUACUUGUUCGGGGAAGUCUUCGACGUCUCCGGGAACCGUCUGGGGAGGAUUCCUACCUUCCCUGGGCCUUUCGUGAGCGGUUUCGGCGUCGCGGUGCUCCGUGGCAGAAAGAUCGUGUUCUUCGGUGGGUAUACGAGGGACGAAAGGUUUGCGAUCAAAGGCACCACUAUCUAUGCUUCUGCCGAUGUUCACGAGUUCGAUCCUGCUACUAACAGCUGGAGGAAACUGGCGAAUAUGAACGUGCCACGUCACAACUUUGCAUAUGCUGUAGUGAACGGGCUUUUGUAUGUGAUCCGAGGCUUUUCCUCAUUUGGUGAUAGCCUUCUCAGCACGGAAGUGUACAACCCGAAAACUAACCAAUGGAGCCUCAUGGAUUGUCCAUACCGCCCGGUCUGGCGUGGCUUCGCAUUCUCCUUCAAGUCCAAACUCUUCGUAGUAAGCAAUGAAUCGAGGUUCAUUGACAUAUAUGACCCGAAAACGGAGACAUGGAAAGAGUUAGACUCGGGGCAAUCACUGUCGGUCUACUCCUACACAGUUAUUAGAAACAAAGUGUAUUUCUUUGACAGGAAAAUGCCGGGACUGGGAGUGUUUGAUCCAGAGGAGAAUUCUUGGAGCUGGGUGGGUGUGCCUAGGUCCCCGGGUGGUUACUGGUUCAGACUAGGGGAAUGGAACAAUAAGGUUAUUCUGAUUGCACGGCUCGGGGGAUGUAAGGCCUUAACUGGUGACCUUGAUAAAGAUAACGCGUCCAAGUGGAGAGCCACAUACAUUAAACCAUCUGGUUCUAACGCGACCGUCGUUCUCAUCAACUUCUGAUUUCCCCAUUUGGCUUCGUUCUUUUGCAAAAAAAAAAAAAAUGUGUGUAGUAUUUUGGGGCUGUUAACUUUGUGAGUUUGGCCAUCAACUUUGUCAAUGAUUACUAUA